AUGGCUCGUUCAUUCUUUCGCAAAUUGCUCACAUACGUAUCAUCUGAAAAUGAGAGCGAUGUUAUUCUUAAUGACGAGGCUAAUAGACAGUCAUCGAGGCAUCAUGACAAUCGCCAACGUCGUAAGUUUAUUCGGCGUGAUCAUAUUCAAGUGCAAGAGCGUCUAUUUCGUGAUUAUUUUGUAAAAAAUCCAAUAUAUCUCUUGAAUCUAUUUCGAAUGAGAUUUCAUAUGAGCCGUCCCCAAUUUUUCCAUAUUCUAAAUAAGGUAGAGUCUUAUGAGCCGUACUUCGUCCAGAGAAGAGAUGAUGACGGAACAUUCGGUUUAUCUUCUAUGCAAAAGAUAACUGCAACACUUAUAAUGCUGGCAUAUGGGGUUACUGAAAAUUUUAUGGAUAAAUACAUAUGUAUAGGUGAAAGAACCGCAAUGGAAUGCCUCAUAAAAUUUUCUGAGAUAAUGGUAAGUAUUUUUUUAGAUGAAUAUUUGCGGUCUCCAAAUGCCAAUGAUAUUACCUGA